AUGACGGGGAACAUCAAAUUGGCCGAUUACCUGUUCGCCCGACUGAUUCAGUUAGGUGUUGGUUCCAUCUUCGGUGUUCCUGGAGACUAUAAUCUGCGACUACUGGAUUAUGUCGUCCCCGCUGGUCUACACUGGGUGGGCAACUGCAAUGAGCUCAACGCUGCAUAUGCAGCCGAUGGUUAUUCUCGCAUCAACGGCCUCUCUGCGCUGAUCACCACCUUUGGGGUUGGUGAGCUGUCUGCAGCAAAUGGAAUCGCCGGUGCUUACGCCGAAAGAUCGCCCGUCGUCCAUAUUGUGGGCACCCCGCCGCGACCUCUACAGGAUUCUCGUGCACUGAUGCAUCACACCUUCGCGGACGGUGAGUAUGGCCGCUUUGCGGCCAUGUCGACUCACAUCACCGCUGCUCAGGCGAAAUUGGUAGACGCGCAGACAGCCCCAGACAAGAUCGACUGGAUCUUGCAGCAGGCGCUCAUCCACAGCCGGCCUGUGUAUCUCGAGCUGCCUGAUGAUAUGCCCGGUGUCCUUGUGUCAUCUGCGAAUCUGAAAACUCCUCUAAGUGUCCCGAAGAUUCCCAGCCCAGCCUGCGAGCCUCAGGUUCUAUCUCGAAUUCUGGAGCGGGUAUACAGCGCCAAACAGCCCGUCAUUCUCGUCGACGGUGAAAGUAGAGCCCUUGGAAUCCUGGAUCAGCUUGACGCCCUCAUCAAAGCCACAAAUUGGCCCACCUGGGUGCCGGUCUUCGGCAAGGGCCUCGUGAACGAAUCCUACGACAACGUCUACGGCUUAUACGCCGCAGGAUUUGGCGACAAGCUAGCAAAGGAAUACUUCGAAUCCGCAGACCUAAUCCUCACAUUCGGACCUCACUACAGUGACACAAAUACUUACUUCUGGACGACCGUUCCCAAAGAUGCAGUCGCAAUCACAUUCAAAGACAGCACAAUCCAAAUCGAAAGCGAAACUUAUCGAGACAUCUCCCCGGCCUCCGUCCUAUCCAAACUUCUACAGUCUCUCGACUCAUCUCGCGUCAUCAAACCCACCGGACCCGCCAAACAAGUCAUCACCACAGAUGAUAUCAAGGACACAGAUAUCAUUGCCCAGAAAAACUUCUUCCGCCUCAUCAAUCCCAUCUUCGGCGAAGGAGACAUCAUCCUGACAGAAACCGGCACAGCAGCCUACGGAGGCCGAACCUUCAAACUCCCUCCCAAAGCCCGCCUCUUCGGCGCCAUAACCUGGCUUUCAAUCGGGUUCAUGCUCCCUUGCACAUUAGGCGCGGCCUUAGCGAAGCGAGAACAAAAUGCAGCAACCGGCGGUUCUAACCAGACGACCUUGAUCAUCGGUGACGGCAGUCUACAGAUGACAGCGCAAGAGAUCAGUGUCAUGAUUAAGGAGAAACUGAACAUUCUGAUCAUUAUCAUUAAUAAUGAGGGAUAUACCAUUGAGCGAGUAAUUCACGGUCGGAAGGAAAAAUACAAUGAUGUGCCGUUUUGGAGACAUACGCAGGCUUUGAGCUACUUCGGGGCCGACGAAGAGCAUGUCAAGGAGAACACAUGGACAGCGAAGACUUGUGGUGAGCUCCGGGAGAUUCUGAGGAACGAUCGUGUGCAUAGUGGGCAAGGGGUUCGAAUUCUGGAGGUUAUGAUGGAUAGGGAGGAUGUCCAAGAGGGGCCUUUGCUAUAUUUAUUGAAUAAGCAAAAGGCCGAGGAAGCUGCAGCUACGGGGAACUAG